AUGCCCAAGUUUGCCGACAGGAGCUCGGGUCUUCGCACGCCAGCCGAGGGGGCGGAGCACGGACCUUCGGUGCGCGCCUCGGGCGGCCGCGGCGUCACUGGGCGGGGGGCUGCUGUCACAGGGGCGAUGCGGGCACCCCGGAGCGGUGCUGCGAGGUCCCAGCUGACGUCCCAGAAUGUGGAGGCGAGGGUGAACGGCACGAUGGCGUUCCUCAAGGACCCCUGCAAGGCCAUCGCCGCCGCGCAGCUGUCCGUGGCGAGGUCGGCCCUGGCGAACCAGGAGAUGGCGCUGAAGGCCGGCAACCGCUUCUCCUUCAUCGGCGGCACGGUCGGCGGAGGGCCUCACUCCUUCAGCGACCCGACCCUGCCCGAUCGGGGCUCCCUGACGCUCGCCACGCUCACCGAGACCCUCGCAGUAGGCGUGGGUCUCAUGCGGCGGCUGUACAGGUCCGACGACGAGAGGGGGGCACCCCAAGAAGUGGUGCAGGUUACGAAGGCUUUCGAGGAGUGCUUGGACCUGGCGCGCUACAUGCCACGACCUUGCUACUCCGAGGAGCCUCUGAACCCGGAGGACGACCGGGAGGUCUUCCACAGCUUCCUGGAGCGCGUGGUCGGGCACGUGCGCCGCCUCUCCGAGAGGCCUGGCGACGUGGCGGUGCUGCCCUGCGGGUGGCUCCGCUCGCGGAGCUCCAACGACGGGAGCGGUCGCGCGGACGAGGGCCACUGCGUCCUGCUGGUGCUCGCGAGAUCCAAGGAGAAGGAGGAGUUCAUGCUGGGCAUCGCCAACGCAGGCGAGGGCCUCCAGUACCACCCGGUCCGGCCGUCCGGGGCGCCCCCCGCGCCGGAGAUGCCGGUGCGGAAGACCUUCCUGGUCCUGUCGGGCAUCCCGGUGGGCCGCCUGAGAUCCAGCGGGUUUUGGUACUUGGUCUACCGGCAGAUUUGGUACCCGGACCAGAGCAACG